AUGUCGGAUUUCACACAAAAGGUGGAGAAGAAGUUUGGUGAGCUCGUGAUCGAGCACUACUUCAAGAGCGAGCCGUUUGUGUACUCGUCUCCGCUCUUCAACACGAUUGGCGACACGCGAAAGCUGUUUCCGGACCGAAAAAACAUGUUUGAUCGACUCUACGAAGACAACAUCAACCGGGAAUCGCUAGCCGAGACGCAAAAGCUGUUUCCUCCUUCGAAUUACAACGACCUCGUCAAACUUGUGCGGCGGAUCGAGACCGACAAGACCACAGAAACGCUCCAGGAUGACCUGCAACAAAACUGUCUAAUCUACUAUCUGCUUCUGGACGCCAACCAGGAGGCAGCUGACGCCUACGCGACCGAGAUUCUGCUGCCUGUGGCUUACAAGCAUUUCAUGAACGGCUGCUACGCCCUGGAUCGAGCCGACAUGAACACAGCUGUGGAGGAAAUCACCUAUCCAGGAACAGCUUCCACUUACCCUGACGCGGUUGUGCGGGCUCUCAACGCUCAGGCCGUUGCCCAGAAGAAGCGCCGCGAGGGCGACCAGCUCAUUGUGCGGUACUUUGACGAGACCACACCGAAAUGUGACCAGCGAGAGUCCGUGACCAUCUACAUCGCCUGCCUGGCGCGUCUGGACCCCAUGAUGGCUCUUACAUACAUCCGAUCUCUCACGGCCAGCGCGCAAAUGGGCGCCUUUGAGUGUCUCGUCAAAGCAUGCAUUGAAGAACGGUACCUGGGGGGCGUGUGGCGUCUGAGUAAUCUUCCCUUUACUGACCGCGAGGGAGAUUUGCUGCAACAGGCUCUGGACGCUGUCAGCACUGACGAGGAUCUCAACAACGACAUUCUGGUUACCCGGGCUCUGCAUCUGGGCCAGGUUCGAAAAGCAAAGAGUCUCAUUAACCUGGCCGUGGCGAAACGAGGAGGAGAGGAAAAGUGGGGCGAGUACGAGGCCACGUUGGCGCUGUACUAG